GUUGAGCUCAUUUUGAGUGACAAUCCCUGUCCACCACACCACCGGAGACAGACACGCCGCACUUUCCACUGGAAUUCCCCACCCCACCGCCGCCGUCAUGCUCCUCCUCCGGAAGCGCGUCGUCUCUCAUCUCCUCUCCACCGCGGCCUCAUCUCCUUCCAUCUCCCCUCUCCUCUUCUCCGCGGCCUCCUCUCCUUCCAUCUCCCCUCUCCUCUUCUCCGCGGCCGCUGCCCCCCGCAUCUCUCCUAACCCUAGCUUCGCCGUGGAGGACUACCUCGUCGACACCUGCGGCCUCACCCGAGCCCAGGCACUCAAGGCUUCCACCAGGCUGUCCCACCUCAAGUCCCCAGCCAAUCCCGACGCCGUCCUCGCCUUCCUCGCCGGCCUCGGCCUCUCCGGCGCCGAUGUCGCCGCCCUCGUCGUCAAGGACCCGCACUUCCUCUGCGCCGGCGUGGAGAGAACCCUGUCCACCGUCCUCGUCGGGCUCACCCGCCUCGGUCUAUCGCCUUCUGAUAUCACGCGCCUCGUCUCCCUCACCCCCGCCUACUUCCGCAACAUAUCCCUCGUCCCCAAGCUAGAGUACUAUCUGCCGCUCUUCGGCUCCAUCGACGACCUGUUCCGGCAGCUCAAACACAGCUCUGGCUUACUCAGCUCCCACCUCGAGAGCGUGGUCAAGCCAAAUGUGGCCUUCCUGCGGGAGUGCGGGCUAGGUGCUUGCGAUAUUGCCAAGCUGCCUAGGAUCAUCGCCGCCAGCCCAGAGCGCGUCCUGGGGAUGGUCGCGUGCGCUGAAAGUAUAGGCGUGCCCCGUGGCUCCGGGAUGUUCAGGCACGCGCUGCAUGCCGUCUCAUUUCUCAAUGAGGAGGACAUUGCUGCCAAGGUGGAACAGUUGAAGAAGACAUUAAGGUGGUCAGAUGCCGAGGUCCGCAUUGCUGUGUCUAGGUGGCCGGUUUUGCUGAGAUGGUCAAAGGACAUGCUGCAGCGCAAGUCCGAGUUCCUUGUCUCUAAGGUGGGGUUGGAACCGGCGUACAUUGCUCGCCGGCCAGUAAUGAUCGGUCUUAGCCUGGAGGGUCGGCUCAAGCCCAGGUACUAUGUUAUGAGAUUUCUUAAGGAAAAUGCAUUGCUAAAUCAUGACACAAACUACUACACAAUGUUCUUGAUCUCCGAGAAGGCAUUUGUGGAGAAGUUCAUAUGCCCUCACAAGCAAGCUGCACCACACAUUGCUGAAGACUAUGCAGCCGCUUGCACAGGGGAGAUGCCUGCUAGAUUCAGAUUUACAUGAACCAAGAACAGGCUAAGAAAAUUGGUGGAACAACAGAAUUUCUACUCAUCGUAUUAAGCUGGUAAUUCAUCAUUAGGUGUUCUUUUCAUGCCCGAAUGGUGGUUUUGUCAUGGCUAAUGCUCGAUGUAACUGAUAACUUGAUUUCUGAACCCUGACAUGUUGACUUCAUCAUUUGGUAGAGAAGAAAGCUUGAUAUGUGUGAUC